AUGGAAAAACAGAAUCCUUUGUUACCCUUUUGGUAUGACCUUUCACGUCCUCAACAUGACAAUGCCUUAGAUCCAACUCCAAGAGAUCGUGCUACCCGUGAUGAAAAUGCUGGUGGUACAAUGUUUCAUACUAGACAAGGUGAAGGAAGUGCUAUGAUUGCUAGGAAGAGAGUUCAUGAUCAAGAAGAUGGUGAUUCUAAAAGAAGAACUUUUGCAUUGGUUAAUAAUAAUUCAGAUCAAUUAACUAGUGAUACUGAUAUUGAUGAAUUUGAAGGUAAUUUCCCAAGACAUUCAAAACAUUAUAGUAGUAAUCAUAUACACAAGACAAGUUCACAUCCUUCUUAUCCAUCACAUCCAUCAUCUGAAUCUGUUUAUUUCUUCCAAAAUAAUCAAAAUAAUCAUAUACAAAACCAACAUAAUCAAAGAGUUCCAAGUUCUCCUCCAUUAAAUCAUCAACUGGCUAGUUCUCCAGUCAAUUAUAAUGACUAUAAUCAAGGUGAUAAUGAUAUUUUUACAAGUCAAGCAACAAUGGUUGCUGCUCCAAAAAGUGAUUUUGAUAUUGAUGAAGAACAAGUAGAACAAGAAGAUGAAUUAGAAUCAAAUAUUUCAGAAGAUACAAUUGAUUUCAAUAUAACAAAUUUAAAUAGAGUUCAUGGUUAUAUAAGUUCUGAUAAUUUACACGAGGAACCAGAAUAUUAUAAUAAUAUAGAUGAAGAAGAAUUAAAUUUUAAAGCAAGAAUCAUUAUAGCUAAGGCAAUUGAAGAUGGGAAUCCACAAAUACGGUUAGAUAAUAUUGGAUUAAGAAAUUUACCUGAUGAUAUGGAAGAUUUGAAAAAUAUGAUUACUGUUAAUGCCUCGGGGAUUGUUAAACCCAAUAUUGAAGUUUAUGCAUCACAUAAUAGAUUAAGAGUUUUACCACCAAGUUUUUUCAAUGUGGAAAAUGUUAUUGUAUUAUCAUUAAGAAAUAAUAAGAUGAAAAAACUUACAGGUAAAAUUUCCAAAUUUCAAAAAUUAACAGAUUUAUCAUUAGCAUCAAAUGAAUUAAAAGUUUUACCAUAUCAAAUAUUAAAUUUACCAAAUUUAACAAAUUUUUUAGUUAGACCAAAUCAUUUAUUAUGGGAAUUAAAAAAUCAAGAAGAAGGUUUCGCAAAGCAAGUUUCUCAUGAAUCUCCAAAUCAAGAUAUAAAUAUUCGUCGUUAUGUUUCAAAAUUAAAAUGGUCAGAUUUACCAAUUCAAUCAUCAUCACAAUUAGCACCACCAGUUAUGAAUGAUAGACAAAUGUGUAAUAGAGUUAGUGCAGUCCCUAAAUUAUCAGAAUUAUCAUUAAGAUCUAUAAGUCAUUAUAAAGUUUCAUUAUCAGAAACUAAAAUGUGGAAAAAAAACGUCCCCACAUAUAUUCAAAAGAUGAUUGCAAAAGCUAUACAAAAAGGUGCGUAUGAAGAAUCUUGUUCAGUUUGUGAAAAAGUUACAGUUAAUCCUGUUGCAAAAUCUUUGGAAUGGUGGGAUAUUAAAACUCAAAAAUUAGUACCGCUAGUUAGGAAAUUUUGUUGUGGGAAUUGUGUAAAACAAUGGUUGGAUGAGAUUGAUGAAGCAGUGACAAAAUUUCAAAUGGAGAAUGAAGAGCAAAGAGAAGAUCAGAAUGAAUAUCAAGAAGAUGUUCUUUCAGAUAUGAGAAGUGAAGAUGAUAUUAGAUUUGAUGAUGAGUUUUGA